AUGGAGUGGAGCUGGAGCACUGAGUGGAAUGCCUGUGUUAUGAGGCUGUUUAUAGCACGUUUCCAGUGGUAAUUUUUUUCGAUAUAAGGUCAUUUUACAUCAAUGGAGAAGCCAAAUGGUAACGACGUGCCGCUGGUAAGCUUGGUUGAAGCUUUAAAUUUGAAAUACUCCGACGAAAACUGCGCAGUUGAUGAUUUUGCACAUAUUUAUGUUUCGUCGAGGGUCAAGGAAAAGACAAAGGGUCAAGCUAUGUUCCCUCACGAAAAACGAGAAAUUGUUGCGUUAGAUUGCUGUGGUAUAUCAGUCGCUGGAAAGCCUGGUGAAAUUGCGAGUGUUUGUCCUCGUGUCACUGAUCUUGAUCUGACAGACAAUCACAUCAAAGACUGGAAAGAGGUUUCGAUGAUUUUAAACGAGUUAAAAUUUCUACAUUUUUUGAAUCUCUGUGGAAAUCAUCUGAAUGAUUCGACUUACUCCCCAAAUGGCGUUCAUUCCAGUGCAUUCCAAUCAGGCUGUUUUGCCGCGUUGUCUAAAUUGGUUUUAAACAAUACAAAGGUCUCUUUGUGUACUGUACAACGGUUCUUAAAAUCCCUUCCGAGUCUGAUUGAAUUACAUCUUAGCCUGAACGACUAUUCCUCUGUUCCUGAAUGCGAUAAAUGUUGCACAACCGUUAAGAGGUUGCACUUCAAUGGUAAUAAAAUUCAACAUUGGAACGAGGUGGAAAAGUUAGGGAAAAUGUUUCCAUAUCUGGAAACACUGAUUAUAAUGGAGAAUCCGCUGUCAAAUGUAGAAAGAAGUUGCCAAGACGUUAGUUUUCUUGACCUUAAAUGUCUUUCGUUAACAAAGACAAAGUUGGAUUCUUGGGAACACAUUGAAGCAUUAAGAAAAUUUGAAAAUUUGAAUCAGGUCAAACUUAUGGGCAUUCCUUUACUGGCCAAAUAUGAGCAAGACGAAUCACGUAAGUUACUCGUUGCGAGGUUACCAAAUAUCAAGUGCUUAAAUGGCACUCCAGUAACCAGUAUUGAGCGCGAGAAUGCUGAAAGGCAUUUCAUUCGUCAACAUCAAACCUCUGACCAGCCACCUACUAGAUACCACGAGCUUGUUAGUAUUCACGGCGAACUUGGUCCCCUCGCGGACGUAAAUAUGGAUCAAACUGGUGAAUACGUUGAUGUAUUAAUGCAUGUCACCGGUAAACCAGCCUGCCUUCAGACUAUAUCUCUCUAUAAAACAGCCUGGAAAUUCAGAAAAGAUAUGGCAGAAAUGUUGCAGGUGCAUGUCAGCAAAAUCUCACUGUAUUAUAAAAAUAACAGUUUGAACCUAGGUUGUGAGAAAAUGAUUUAUAAAAACAGGACAUUGUCUCGUUACGGAAUUAAAGAUGGCGACGAAAUUUUUGUUGAUGUCUAUGAUAACUAAACACAUACACUUUGUAAACAAUGACUGAAUCAAAUUAAUUUUAUGUAUAUAUUAGCGUGCAUAUAUUCCCUCAGUUUAGACAGUUAUAUCUUGUCAUGAUUGGUCAGAUCUUGGGUAUUGUUGAUGUAUCGUAUAGGAGCAGGUUACACGAUUGCCUUUCUAA